UACAGUUCCUUUUCUCCCAAAAAGUUUUUCUUCCAUGGUGGUGGUUUGAAAGCAGUAACAAAGUGGAAAGUUGCAAGAGAGAAAUCGAGAACAGCGAGAGGAUUAAGACAUAACGGUCGCUUUUUUUUGCGGGAGAAGCGAUUACAACGGGUUUCCGCAUGAUUUUAUUUAUAAAUUCUCAAUCACGGUAGCUGGCGAGUUACCGCAAACUUUUAAAGGCUGCAAGGAUUUAAGGGAUCAAGACAGUGAAGUUAUUCAAAGUCGCAUUAACAAAAGAACACAAUGUCGCUACUUGUAAACUUGUUAUUAUUGACUUUGUGGGCAGCGUGCGGUCAUGGAGCUAUGGAUGAAUGUACAGACGAAUCCAAUCGGCCUCAGCGCUGCAUGCCUGAGUUUGUUAACGCCGCCUUUAAUGUAACCGUGGUGUCCACUAACACUUGUGGUUCACCGCCCGAAGAAUACUGUGUACAGACCGGGGUUACAGGGGUCACAAAAUCAUGCCACAUUUGCGACGCCGGGGACCCCAGACAGCAUCACGGCGCAGCAUAUCUCACCGAUUACAACAACCAAGCGGAUACCACCUGGUGGCAAAGUCAGACCAUGUUAGCUGGCAUCCAGUACCCGCACGCCAUCAAUCUGACUCUUCACCUGGGCAAGGCCUUUGACAUCACCUAUGUGCGACUGAAGUUCCACACCAGCCGUCCUGAGAGUUUUGUCAUCUAUAAGCGCACUAGUGAGGAUGGGCCCUGGAUUCCCUACCAGUACUACAGUGGCUCCUGCGAAAAGACCUACAACAAGAUGAAUCGUGGCUUCAUCCGCACAGGAGAGGACGAGCAGCAGGCACUGUGCACGGACGAGUUCAGCGACAUCUCGCCCCUCACCGGAGGGAACGUGGCCUUUUCUACACUCGAGGGUCGACCCAGUGCAUAUAAUUUCGAUAACAGUCCUGUACUACAGGAUUGGGUGACUGCCACAGAUAUUAAAGUGACCCUGAACAGAUUAAACACAUUCGGAGAUGAAGUUUUCAAUGAUCCCAAAGUUCUCAAGUCCUACUACUACGCUAUCUCAGACUUUGCAGUGGGAGGAAGGUGCAAGUGUAAUGGCCAUGCCAGUGAAUGCAUGAAGAAUGAGUACAGCAAACUAGUGUGUAACUGCAAACACGAAACAGAGGGAGCAGACUGCAGUGUUUGCAAGCCCUUCUACAAUGACCGUCCCUGGAGGAGAGCCACGGCUGACAACCCCAAUGAAUGCCUGCCCUGUAAUUGUAACGGCAAGAGCGCCGAGUGUUACUUCGACCCCGAGCUGUAUCGCGCCACUGGUCAUGGAGGUCACUGCCACAACUGUGCCGACAACACAGAUGGGCCGAACUGUGAGCGAUGCCUGGACAACUACUACAGAGACACUUCUGGCCAGCGCUGUCUCCAUUGCAGCUGCAACCCAGUGGGUUCUCUCAGUACCCAGUGUGACAGCACUGGCCGAUGUAGCUGUAAACCAGGAGUGAUGGGUGAUAAAUGCGACAGAUGCCAGUCAGGACACCACACACUGACUGAGGCAGGCUGCAGGCCAUGCUCUUGUAACACUGCCGGAAGCAUACAGGAGUGUGAUGUACAGACAGGACGCUGUCAGUGCAAGGACAAUGUAGAUGGCUUCAACUGUGACAGGUGUAAACUGGGCUACUUUAAUCUGGACCCUCAGAAUCCUCAGGGAUGUACACCAUGCUUCUGUUUCCAGCAUUCCACUGUGUGUGACAGUGCCGAUGGCUACAGCAUACACCCCAUCACCUCCACCUUUGACAGAGACGAUGAAGGCUGGAAGGGGCAGCAGAGAGAAGGCUCCAGCUUGCCUGUGCAGUGGUCUCCAAGCUUUCGAGAGGUCUCGCUCAUCUCAGAAGACUACUUCCCCAUCUACUUUAUGGCUCCAGAGAAAUUUCUAGGUAAUCAGUUGCUGAGCUAUGGGCAGAACCUCACACUGAACUUCAGGAUUCAGAGACAUGAUGCCCGACUGUCAGCAGAGGAUGUUGUGCUGGAGGGGGCAGGGCUCCGGGUUGCUGUGCCACUUAUUGCCCAAGGAAAUUCCUAUCCAGGAGAAGACAUGCAAACCUUUGUGUUUAGGCUCCAUGACACCCCUGACUACCCUUGGAGACCCAACCUGAGUCAUGCCAACUUCCAGAAACUUCUGCAAAAUCUGACUUCCAUCAUGAUUCGUGGAACCUACAGUGAGAGAAAUGCUGGUUAUUUGGACAACGUGUCCCUCAUGACUGCCCGUCGUGGUCCUGGAACUCCAGCACGUUGGGUGGAGAAGUGCGUGUGCCCUCAGGGCUAUGUGGGGCAGCACUGUGAGAAGUGUGAUCUGGGAUACAGGAGGAGUCAACCUGAGCUGGGCCAGUUUAGCACCUGCGAACCCUGCAACUGCAACGGACACAGUGACACUUGUGACCCUGUGACAGGAAUGUGUAACUGCCAGCACAACACUGUUGGCAUGAGCUGUGAGAGGUGUAAGGACAGCUUCUAUGGUGAUUCAACGGUGGGCUCUCCUACAGACUGCAAAUCCUGUCCCUGCCCUGCAGGUGCCACAUGCGCUGUGGUGCCCAAGACUGAAGAGGUGGUCUGUACUAACUGCCCAACUGGCACCACAGGUAAGCGAUGUGAACUAUGUGAUGAUGGAUUUUUCGGUGACCCGCUGGGUGAGAAAGGUCCCGUGAGAAUGUGCCAUGCAUGCAGUUGCAAUAACAACAUCGACCCAAAUGCUGUGGGCAACUGUGACCGAGAGUCAGGCCAGUGCCUCAAGUGCAUUUACAACACCGCUGGCAGCUUCUGCGACCGUUGCAAAGAGGGCUUCUAUGGUGACGCACGUGCUGUAAAUGUAGCCGACAAGUGCAAACCAUGCUCGUGCUCACCAUACGGUACAAUAGACCAGCAGACCACCUGCUUGCAGGUAACAGGCCAGUGUCAGUGCUUUCCCAACGUCAUUAACAGAGACUGCAGUGCAUGCGAGCCCGGCUUCUACAACCUACAAAGCGGCAAGGGCUGUGAAAGAUGCAACUGCAACCCUAUUGGCUCUACAAACGGCCAGUGUGACAUUGUCAGCGGUCAAUGCGAAUGUCAGCCUGGGGUCACAGGUCAACACUGUGAGCACUGUGAGGUCAACUUCUUUGGCUUCGGUUCCUCGGGGUGCAAACCUUGUGACUGUGACCCAGAAGGCUCCCAGUCCACACAGUGCAGGGAGGACGGGCGUUGUCAGUGUCGUCCAGGCUUUGUGGGAUCUCGCUGUGACAUGUGUGAGGAGAAUUACUUCUAUAACCGCUCUACACCAGGCUGCCAGCAGUGCCCUAACUGUUACAGUCUGGUCAGGGACAAGGUGAACCAGCAGAGACGGAAGCUUCUCGACCUGCAGACUUUGAUUGAUAAUCUGGACAACAGUCAGGAUACAGUGAGUGACCAGGCCUUUGAGGACAGAGUUAAGGAAGCAGAAAAAACAAUUAUGGACUUACUGGAAGAGGCUCAGGCUAGCAAAGAAGUGGAUAAAGACCUUUUGGAUCGUCUAAACAACAUCAACAAGACCCUGAACACCCAGUGGAACAGACUGCAGAACAUCAGAAACACCGUAGACAACACAAGCACUCAGGCAGAUAGAGCUCGUAACCGAGUCCGUGAUGCUGAGGACCUGAUCAACACUGCUAGAGAGGAGCUGGACAAAGCCAAGGAGGCUAUCAGUAAAGUGGACAUUAAAAUACACACACCUUCUGGAGAUCCAAACAAUAUGACACUUCUGGCAGAGGAAGCCCGUAAACUGGCAGAAAAACAUAAAACGGAUGCAGAUCAGAUUGAGAAGAUCGCAAAGGACGCAAAUGACACCUCUACCAAAGCUUAUAAUAUGCUGAAGAAGGCGCUGGAUGGCGAGAACAAGACAAGCAGUGAUAUUGAUGAACUCAACAGGAAGUACAAUGAGUCAAAAGACUUGGCCAAGAGCCUAGAGAAACAGGCUGACAAGGUGCAUGCCGAAGCAGAGGAGGCUGGGAACAAAGCUCUGAAGAUCUAUGCUAACCUGACCAGCUUGCCCCCACUUGAUACCAAAUCAUUAGAGGAUGAGGCUAAUAAGAUUAAGAAGGAGGCAUCAGACCUGGACAAACUGAUAGAUAAGACCGAGAAGGAGUACAAUGACCUGAGGGAGGAUCUGAGGGGCAAAGAGACAGAAGUCCGAAAACUACUAGAGAAAGGAAAGACCGAACAACAGACAGCUGAUCAGUUGUUGGCGCGGGCAGAUGCAGCUAAGGCUUUGGCUGAGGAAGCAGCAAAAAAAGGCCGAUCUACUUUCCAAGAAGCCCAGAACAUACUAAACAACCUUAGAGACUUCGACAAGAGAGUCAAUGACAACAAAACUGCUGCCGAGGAGGCCAUGAAGCGAAUCCCAGAAAUCAAUGCGACCAUCAAUGAAGCCAAUGAGAAGACCCGACAGGCUGAAGCGGUGCUAGGAAAUGCAGCAGCAGAUGCUAAAGAGGCCAAGACCAAGGCAGAGGAAGCUGAUAAAAUCGCUAAUGAUGUGCAGAAGGGCUCAGCCAAGACAAAAGCAGAUGCAGAAAAAGCCUUUGAGGACACCAUGAAACUGGAUGGAGAAGUAAACAACAUGAUGGACCAGCUGACUGCUGCUGAGAAAGAGCUAGAAAAGAAGAAAGCUGAGGCAGAUGCAGACAUGAUGAUGGCAAGCAUGGCAACAGACAAUGCUAAAGAAGCAGAGGGCAAUGCUCGGAAAGCCAAAAAUGCUGUCAAGACAGUGCUGAGCACAAUCAAUGACUUAUUAAGUCAACUCGGUAACAUCGAUAAGGUGGACCUGAGCAAGCUGAAUCAGAUCGACAACGCUCUAAAAGAGGCCAAGGAGAAGAUGGCUGGAAGUGAGCUCGAUCGGAAGCUUAAGGAGCUGAAUGACAUAGCCAAGAGCCAGGAGGAUAUGAUCACUGACUACGAUCGGCAGAUCAGAGAGAUUAGAGCAGACAUCGCUAAUCUCAAUGACAUCAAGAACACUCUGCCAGAGGGCUGCUUCAACACUCCAUCUCUAGAGCGGCCUUAACCUCCAUGCUUCACUGCUGCAUCUGCCUUACAAUCCCUUCCCCUUGUCCAUGCCAUGGGCAUCUACCAUGUCUGAGAUAUGGGCAAGAAGCCACUCUCAACCAAAACAGGCUUUGUUUUGUUGCAUAUCUUUUUACUGUGUUUUUCUUUUCUUUUAUAAGGUUUGUUCAUUUGUAUUCCUACAAGAAAAGCCACAUUUUCUUUAAAUCCAAGUUUUACAAACUGAAGACAAAAGCAGCUUUUAAUUUUUGAUGUGCAGAAACGUGAAGAACUCCAAGUAAUGGCACUCAUCACCUCUGUGUGUGUGCGUGUGUGUGUGUGUGUGUGUGCGCGUGUGUGCGCACGCGUGCGUGUGUGUUUGCGUGUGUGCUUGCGUGCGUGCUACAGCAAGUGCAAGUGGUGAUAUGAACCUCUUGAGUUGAACGUAAACCCACAUGACUGCACCACCUCAAACCUUUCUGGUCUAUACAGCAGAAUUAAGGGAGGGCCAUCAUGUGCUUGUUUUUAAGUCAGGAUUGUAUGAACUAAACAGAAGCCAACCAUAUGCCGAGAGUUUGUUUGGGGAAGUUUGCUUCUUAAGCUAGUAUAUAUCUGUAACACUUUGGUCGCCUAUUACUACACGUUCAAAGCUAACAGUGAAGGAAUCUUAAUAUGUUCAUAAUGCACAUAUACUUUUCUCAAUGCCCCAUGGUAGACCUGGUACUGACCUUGUCAUACACAUACAGUAUUCUACUUUAGCUUAUGCGUAUUUAAAUUGAGUACUAAAAGUUGAGAUAAAGUGGACAAAAUGUCCCUGCAUGACUUGGUUGAUUUCACAUAGGCUCAUACAUUUCAAUGCCCCAUCAUGGUUGUGAUACAUUUCAUGUUGCUAUGUGUUUAAACACUACAAUUUUAUGUUAUAUGUGUUUUUAUUUUUUAAAGGCUGCUGCUUACUACAGGUGUACUGCAAAGAAAUCACAUUAACAGCUAAAUUCAACACUAUGCAACUUUGUACAUUUGCGUAGCAAGACUGAUACACUGGUGCUAAUAAUUAUUUCAAAUGUUCUAUUUUUGUUGGAUGUUGUUGUUUUCUUCUUUUUUUUAAAUUAGAGUUGAGGAACUUUUAUGUGUAAAUAUGCUUAAAUGAUUCAGGAAUGGCUGAUUUUAAACCAAGACUCAACAGCCACCUCAUCAGUUCAUUUACGAGGGGAAAUAAAAAGAUCAGCUAAAACUUCCACAUAAUAUAUAAACUGGCAGCCAAAAGUUUGGAAUAAUGUACAGAUUUUGCUCUUAUGGAGUAGGAAAUUAGA